UUCGGUAGGUACGCCAUUGUGAGAAAAGAAAUUGCGUUGUGUGGUAGGGUUUGUAGAUAGAGUGAUUGGAAGGUCUUUUGUGUUCGAGAAAGCGGUUGGAAAUAGGAUAUAUUUAGGCAAUGGGAUCAGAACAACAGUUCUGUCUAAAAUGGAAUAAUCAUCAGAGUACGAUAGUUGCCGGUUUUGACACCCUGCUGGAAAGUGGGACUUUGGUAGACUGUACACUGGCCGCAGAGGGGCAGUACUUGAAAGCUCAUAAGGUUGUGCUGUCAGCAUGUAGUCCAUAUUUUGAGCUACUAUUGAGCCAGCAUGAUGAGAAGCAUCCAAUUGUGAUCCUAAAGGAUGUAAAAUUUCAAGAACUGAAAGCUAUGGUUGAUUACAUGUACCAUGGUGAAGUGAAUAUAUCUCAGGACCAAUUAGGGGCUCUUCUCAAGGCUGCAGAAUCAUUACAGAUAAAGGGUUUGUCAGAUAGUGGGGGAGGGGGUAGUGAAAGAGAGCGAGAGAAUGUGGAUAAAAGACACCAUGGGACUCGAAAGCAAACUGUACCCCCUCCCCAGCCUAGAUCAUCUCCCAUCCCACCACAUUCUUCCACGCUAGGUCAUAGGCGGCCAGCCCCACCGCCUCCAGCUGCUCCACCUCCAAUUGUUGAUCUCCCAGAGGACGAUAGCCCCCCACCAUCCCGACCUCCACCGUUGCCUAGGGUUCCAAGUUCUCGGGAAGGAAGUUUGUCGCCGCCACCGAAACGAAAGAGGCAUCGUCGUCGAUCAAGUGGGGAAGAUGGAAGUUUAAGUGCAGCUCCUGUUCCAGUAACAGAAGGGUCACACGAAACUAGCAGCUCAAGUGAACUUCCUCCUCAGUCCCAACCUGCCCCGUUGGCUACUGUUCCUAGUGUUCCCGCAAAUCUGACGCCUGUAGUACCCCCGUCCUCUGAACCUGCUGCACUUCCUUCAAAUCAGGCUUCAGAACAACCUGUAUCAGAGACUGAGCUGUUAAACCCGCCCUCACAAGCAGCAGAAGAAGCAGCACCCAGACAGCCUGCGCGUGAAAUGGCCCAUGAACAAGCCCUAGAACCAGUACAAAAGUUGGAGCCGCCGUCUGAAGUACUAUUAGAGCCAAAGUCUGAAUACCUAGAGGAGGAUGUCAAUGAAGAUAGCGUGGAAGAUCUCACAUUAGAUGACGACAUGGAUGAAAUAGACCAUGCGCGGCCAGGGCCUUCCCAUGGCGGAGAGGGGUCCAGCAGUCAGGGGGCAGGUUUUGCACCAUGGCACAUGGCGGACCAGUCAAGGGAUGAGGUAUUCAUGGCAGCGCAAGAAUCUGUUGGAGCUCACAGGGAUUCGCAAGCCACUGGAAACUGCAGUAAUGAAGACACUGAACUUCAGAGGUACCCCCUGUUAGCAGAAAUGUAUAUUGAAGACAUACCACUACCAAGAGAUGCAACCAAACAUUCAAAUACCAUUGUUUUGACUGCCAGUCGGGCUAGACGUUAUGCUGAAUCAUUCCGAUGUCAACGUUGUGGCAAUUUCUACACAUACAAGAAAAACUUGCUGCGGCAUUUGAACCUCGAGUGUGGUAAAGAACCACAAUUCCAGUGUCCAUACUGCCCAAAGAAAGCAAAACAUAAGAAUCAUUUGCUUAGGCAUAUCAAGUCCCAGCAUGCAGAAAAUGUAUGAAUGCCAUACAGGGAGAUUUGAAGUGAACUCAUAGGCUGCUUCCUAUUGUAUAGAUUGUUAGUAAAAUGGAUCGAAAACACUAUUAGUAUUGUUGUGUUAUAUUUUUGCAGUUAUUAUGUAAGUGUAUAUGUCAGAUAUAACCUCAAUGUUUCAUACUCUCACAUUGUAAUUGUUGACAUAUGAACAAUAUUUCAUAUAUAAUUUGUAGGUAUGUUUGUGACUGUCUUCUUACCAGAUUACCUUAUAUGCUGAGGUACUUACAUAUCUGCCUUAUUAAUAGUACAGGCUCUUGGCACUAGAUGGGAGGAACAUCUGGGUUGUGAUAUUCCCUCUUCUUCUGUCUCAUAAAACAAUAGUAGAAGAAAACGCUUUUCUGAUAUAUGAUACAUAAAGGAUUAAGAAUUUUUGUUAUUCUCUCUAAGUUGUUCCAUGGAGAAACACAACAGUUUUUGAUCUCAGAAUCUUGUGUAAUCUAACACCACAGCAUUUUUAAGAUGUUAUGUAAUAAUGAACCAAAUAAAAUAUAGAACAAAUUAGGUUAUGGGAUACUUAAUAUCAUAUUACACUGUUAUACUGUUGUUUUCCUUUCAAGUCUAUAUCUUGUUUUAUCAGGUAUGAGGUUUCAUAGCUGUGAAUGUGAAGUGUAGGCUCCUGUUUUAUGGGAAGUUAUGCUGUGUAGUCUGGAUGAAGUUUACCAUUGUUUUGGAGGAGUACACUGCCUUUAUUUUCAAUGUCGUGUAGUAAACUGGCAUAGAAGCUUUACUUGAUAGGCAUACGCUUUGACCCUGAAGAUGGAGGCAUUGCAUUCCCCUCAAAUAUCAGUUUGUCUCAAACUACACACACUCUCAUCACAAGAGAUGGUCCUCUUCAGGUCUUGGUUUGUUAUACAUUUAUGAAGAGGUUUACAUACUUCAUCUGUUGCAGUGUUACUACUACUUCAGUAUAUUCCUUAGCUUUGAAAUUUUAUAUUUUGGUUCUGACUGUCAACUCAGUAUUAAUUCUGUUGGUUUAUCCUUAAGAAAUUACUGUAAAUGUGUUAUUUACAAGUGGGUUUCUAGAAAGUUAGACCACCAGUUUAGUUCUUUAGUAUGAAUUGAUAGGCUGUCAUUAGUAUUACAUUGUAAUUACUUUCCCUCAGUGAGUAACCACAUCUCAUUAUCUGGGUAGAUUAUGACAAAGUUACGCACUAAAAUGUUACUUUGUAGAAAGUUUAACUCACUCUACCAGUCUUUGUAGGUUAGAUCCACAAUAAAUAACAUAUGUCAUAAGACCAUUAGCUUUUAUUUUAUUUGUGAAAGAAGAUAAUGUAAGAGUGUGUAUGCCUCAAAUUGCUAUAACAAAAAAAUAAUAAAAAUAGCUUUCAUUAUUAAUUUUAUGCAAACAUAUAUAUAGCUUUUAUCAAUAAUGUCUGUACUAGUGGUGUUUAGUGCAUACAGUUUUUAUUCUUGGUGUCCAUCGGUAAUUGUUAUAUCUGGAGAUGUAUGACAUGUUGAAAGUCACUGUAAAGCACUUAUAUGUAACACAUUCUUUGAGGGCAGUUUGAGAACCAUCUUUCCAAAAUAUGAGAUUUGAGAUUGCCCUGGCAAUCAGUUCUAAGGUUAUGGUCAUCUGGGAUGUAACACCAUGUAAUCUUGCUGGGUGGGCACACAUGCUCCAGAGAAACCUGCUGCCUCUAUUUUCAUGGCCCUGAAAAUGAAGGCAGCAGGUUCCUCAGAGAUUCUGUUAUGUAUCUACCAAAAUACAUGCUUUUAUGCUUAAAAAGGCUGUAAACUUAAUAACUUUGGCUGUUCUAUAAGCUAACAAACAUAUGUCUGCUUCUGUGGUUAUUUGACAUAAGUGUUCUACUGAAAAUGUUCAGUGAUGUGGCAUUUUUCAGGAGAGAUUUUUGUACAUAUGUAAAUACAAGCAAUAACUGUUUGCAUUCUUUAUAGCAAGUGCACAGAUGGGAAGGUCGUGUAUAAUCUUCGAAACAACUUCAAAAAUAUUUCUGAGAAAUUUUAGGUUGGGGUUUGCACUAAAAGUUUCCUGGCAAAUUAAUUUAGUUCACAUUGCCUCUGGGGGCCCAUCCAGAAUCCUAUCCAGUAGAUACUGGAGGCUCUUUCUUCAGGGGUAAAUGACCAGAUGAUGAACCUCACCUCCAUCUGGUGACAUGGAUAAAAAUGCAUGCACUUUUAUCUGUGUUCUGGUAUGUGUUAAUUCCUUCCACUUCUAUGUUAACACAUUAGUGGUACUGUACAGACCUCUUUAUCUACAUAGCCAUUCUGUAGCAUCUGUUGGGAAAAUAUUCAACUCCAUGCUCAUGGCUUCUUUGCAUUCCCCAGCUUCAGCAAUAGUUGUAUUCCCAAGAUUGUUUUCAUGACCCAUAUUUUUGUUACUUUUUUGAUUUCACUCUCAUUAACAUUCAAUGAAAAAUGCAUGACUCAUUUAACUGCAGUACUGUUUACUUUAACAGUUUACUAACCAAAUUUCCUUGUAUUAGAUAAACAAUUUCACUUUUGGACUUGAGGUUCUCACGGUGUGAUUGAAGAGUUCUGUCAUCUGGUAUGUGAUGCUGUUUAGUCCAGUUGUGACAUUUUGGAGAAAUGUACUGCCUCAAUUAUCAGGUUUUAAGGUUAAACUGAAUAGGCAGAAGUAUGAUCUUACAGAUUGUCAGCGAAUGUCUACUAGACUACACAGUGUCACAUCCCAGAAGAUGGUAAUCAACAGUGCCAUUAUUUUUUAGACUUCAAGAAAAUAAUUAAAUUAAGAACAGUUGACAUGAAAUAGUAGUGUUAAUGUGAAAUCCACGCAAGUUUGUUAGUUAAGUCAUGGGAUACAUGUACAAUAUAAAUUAUACUUACUCUAGACACUGCAGUAAUUCUUUUUAAUUUUUAUUAAUAAAAAUAGCUUACAGGAGAUUGGUAUUCCAGCAUUAAGUUUAGGUAUAUAUACAUGUUGACAUAUAGUAAUCUCAAUUUUAGUAAACAGAAUGUCUUUUAACGAUACAAGAAGCUUAAUGUUUUAGAACUCUGAAAUUGAGAUUUCGUUACUUAUGGUAAAUGUGGUAAAGAAGAAGUUGGUAAAGUAAAACUGAAGUUUCCUCUAAGUACCACUACCAUAAGGUGUAUCGGGUGCAUGGAGGCCAAAUGUAAUUCAUUUUGGACCUUAGCAGGAGAUGUAGGUGAACUCUCAGCUACUUGCUCCAACAGGUAUACCAAAGCAUGUGGUAUAGAUAUAUUAAUGGGCCCCAAAUGUAUUUGGGUUUAGCUGUAAGAGAAAAGUCUUAGUGCCUCUUUUGGAAAUUUUACCCUGGUUGCCCACCCUACGGCCAGUCACUUUACCAGUUAUAGUUACAAUAGUGAGGCCACAGAAAGAAGUCUCAUGGACUUAGCCACCAACUACCCCCUCCAGCUCUUACAUUUUCUCCUUCAGCAUACUUCCAUAUAUUCUCCUCCGGUCAUCUAGUCAUUCGCUUCACAGGUACGUUAAGAAUGACAACCAUAUGAUGAACUGCACUAAUGAUAAGUGCACUGGGCAAGAUGAUCAGGCCAAAGGAGGGCUGAAAGUGAAUGCAGUAGUAGUAAGAAUGGGGGGAAGCCCCAAACAUUGUUAUCCCAACUUCCCAUAUGAUCUCUUACCAUGGCCUGAGUGUUGUAAAUUAUGUUAUGAGUGUUCUCUGUUUCAGAAGUGCAUUAAGAUUACAUGUUGCCAUAAGAGAGAUGAAAGGAUAUUGAAAGUGUGUACUGCUCUCAUAACAAAACAGUAAUAAACUUCCACAUGCUUAUAAUUUGUUGAGACUGUGAUGCAGUUAUUUAUAUUGGUGCAGUGAAAUUAGAUUUUUUUAUGUACUGUAUAGAUGUAAUUUUCUGAUUUGUGGAGUUUAUAUAUUGUGGCAGUCCACUUAUUUUACUAACAUCAUAAAUGUGACUGUGUGCCAUGAGAUUACAAUGUAUUGUGUACUCUUCUUACAAUUAUAUGGAUAUUAAUAAAUGACUAUGCAUAUUUAAAGACAGUUUUAACUAGUAAGCAUAUUUGUGCUGAAAUAUGAUGUUUAUUUCAUCAGCAAAUUAUUUUUGCCAUUGAACUAAUGCCCCUUUUCUGCUUCUCUCAUGUGUCAACUGGUUACAUUUAGUAUAUACAAUAUAUAUAUAUACAUGCAGGAUGUGUCUCUUAAAACUUUGUCUACCAUAAUACUAUCUCAGUUUUAUAUUGUGAACCACAUGGAGACCAGUUACAGUGGUGUAACCAUUUUUGGCUUGUGGAGGUAUAGCUCAUCUUUCAUGAAUGUCAGCACUAGAUGUAGGCUAGUGGUUAGUGUCAUCCUUGGUCACUUUACGCGAGGGAAGUAUUCUCAGGUAUCCAUUGGAUACGAGACUGGGUGGACCUCAGGUCUUGCCUUGACAUGGUGGCAAAGAGAGGAGUCUCUGUCCCUCCUUGGAAUCAGUGCUGAUAAUUCAGUUUAAUUGAACUAUGACAUUAUAACCAUUACAUCUGAUAUGUUUGAAAUGCCACUAGCAAAUUCAGAAAACAAAAUUAUGGUGGUAUGACCAUUGCAUUUAGUGUCGGAGGAAUGCCAGUACUAAACAUUAUCUUAUCUCAACACAAAGAACCCUCUGAUAUUGCUUCCUGUUUUCAUAAAUAAGCCCUGGAGACUGGAUUGUGUUGGUAUUCAUGUAACCAUUUCUUCUGGUAUAGAGAAAAUACCACUUUAUAGACUACAUUACACUGAUCUUGGCAGUGUAACAGUUACAACUGGUGUGGAGUAAAAAUAUGUCAUCAAUUCAGAAAGUUUCAUUAUGGCUAUGUAAUUAUUUGAAAUUGUGUGAAGGAUAUUUCACUCCUAAAAGCAUAUCGGGUUACUUUUGUGUUUGAAUUUGAAUUGUUGUUUCUCAUAUUGGCAGUAGUGAACAACCAGUACAGUUUGGUUAGCUGUAACCCAACUAAUCAGUCAUGUGAACUGACCUGAGAGGAAUAAGUUGUCUGCCUUUUGGAAACCAUCCCAGUAUUCAUAUGGAGGGACUCAGGAAUGCUCUUGAAAUUCCCAGUCAUGAUAAUUGGUUUGCCUGGAUGAGAUUUUCUUCAUAAUUAGGGUCUGAUGCAUUACUUCAGGAUAGUGUGCUUGGAGAAUAUGAAUUAUUUUAGUGUGUUCAAGGAUGUAUUGGCUGUCUUUUCACAGUAGGUGGAUCCUGCAAUGUCUCUGAAAGAUGGCAGCCUGCUGCAACAAAUUGUUAUUACCCACAAAAUGAAUGCAGAAGUCUUUUCUUUUUGUGAUGGACUUGAGAUUCUCAUAGCAAUGACUGCAAAGAGUAUUGUGAUCUGGAAUGUGACUGUGUGAUCUGGUUGAGGUCCAUUUAUGUUCAGGAAGACCAUACUGCCUCCAUUUUCAGGGUUGAAGUGUAAGCAAUAAGUGAGAAGCAAGCAGAGCUCUGCAGAACAUUGGUAAACUUCCACCAGACUACAUACAUCACAUCCCAGAACUUAGUACGCUUUACUUUUUGUGUUUGUUACCUCAUUACUAAAAUUAUGUGUAUAAAAUUUUAAGAAGUAAUGUGUCACACCUCAUAUAUAGCUUCUUUUUUUCACAGUUCUUUGGAUGAAACAUGCCAACUACAUAUUACUGUUUCAGGUUUAAAUAUCAAGUUAUGGAACAAACUUCAGGAUGUACUUCCUGCAUCAUUUGCAGAGAUGCAGCUGCAAAUGACAUCAACUAGAAGCGUGGUAUCAAAAUCCAAUAUACCUUUCCGAUGUCCACGGUGUUACAAGUGUUACCAAUACAAGAAUUCACUGUCUCGUCACAUGAGGCUUGAGUGUGGCAAAGAACCUCAGUUUCAGUGCCCAUUCUGUCCACAUUCUGCCAAACAUCGAAGUCAUCUGCAAACACAUGUAGCUAGCAAGCAUAAGGCUUGCAUCUAGCAGUAGUGACAUUAUCCGUGAUAUCGUGUCAACUUCAUUUAAUGUAUUCUUUCUCAGGGAUGUCAUCCUAAAUAUGAAAGUAACAGCAGGACCAGGUUGAAAGAAAUGGGUAUCUGCGUAUAGUAAAUGCUUAGGUUUGUUUCUAUUCAGUGCUGAGAUAAUGGAGUGCUCCAUAAAGCUGCAGGGCAUGCCUAUUUCUGGACUUCCAUAUGAGCACUAAGUGGAGAGCAUGUGGCAACAGAUGGCAUUACUAGCAUCGAUUGUUAUGGGCAAUGUGUUGGUACAGUACUAUAUGCCAAUGGCUGAACUGCUUUUGGCCAAUGGUCAUAAGCACUGCUAGUAAAUUUUGAUUGGUAGAUGUUCUUUUUACCUAACCAUAAUUUUAUGCUUCUAAUCGAACAACAAACAGCUUAUGCAACAGGCAUUCUUAAGAAACUGACACUUACAGCUCAAAAUUCAGAAAUGAAACAGGUUGCAAGAACUCUGUGUUUCACAUUACUAACUGUAAAAAACAAGAAAAUUAUUUACACAUCAUAUGAACUAACUGUUUUUAAUCUGCAAUUCGCAAUUUUUAUUAUUAGCAAGAUUUUAUGGAUCUAUCACAUUAAGGGAAGAGCAUAGACUGAGGUUGUUUGAGCACAGGGUGUUGUGGUGUAUCUUUCAACUGACGAGGAAGAAAGUCACAGGGGAAUUUAGAUAAUGAGGAGCUUCAUUAGUUGUACCCCAUGCCAAAUAUUAUAAUUAUCAAAUUAAGGAUGG